UUAGUUUGCAUUCGUACGUCCCGCCCUGAAAAUCAAAUCCUUUAAAUUUGAGUAUAGUUUUUGUAGUGGUAGUCCUGCUGAGUACCAUCUUCGUAUAUCCGGUUUAACUGUUACUUUCUUGACGGAGUUUUGCAAAUUUCCAGCGAAAGUAGUAAUUUUGUACAUCCCUUACACCACUCUGAUGAAUAGUUUUAUUCAAUUUAACAUUGUAUUGAUAAACCAAAGUUGAGGAAGAGAAUUAUUUUUAAAGUGUUGACACGUAUUUUUUCUCUGUAUGAUACAUCUUCAUAAAAUGUAACUUAUUUAUGUUUUCAGUUUUUUCUCAGAAUUUUUUUGUUGUGCGAUUAACGAAUCUGAAAGCAAGUUUUCUGAGAAGGUGUUCGUUCAAAGAUUGUGACGUUUUCAGUUGCUAGUGGGAGGGGAGUAGUACACGUCUGGUACACGUUGUAAAUGUUGGACCGGUAGGACGCAAAGAAAAAUGGAAUUUCUCUAUAGCUUACCUUUCAGAGUGCUUGAAGUACCGAACUUGAAAAUUAAAAGACCAUCAUGGUUGCAUCAACCUUCUUCUAUGGUUAUGUUUUCUUUGGUACUUUUGUCAUAUUUCUUGGUUACUGGAGGGAUAAUAUAUGAUGUCAUAGUUGAGCCUCCUAGUGUAGGUUCCACAACAGACGAGCAUGGACACUCCAGGCCAGUUGCUUUUAUGCCUUACCGAGUGAAUGGCCAAUAUAUAAUGGAAGGCUUGGCAUCAAGUUUUUUGUUUACUAUGGGAGGCCUUGGUUUUGUUGUUUUGGAUCACACUCACAGCCCGUCCACACCUAAAUUGAAUCGCAUUCUUCUAAUAUCUGUUGGCUUUUUGUGUAUAUUGGUUUCAUUCUUUACAUGUUGGGUGUUUAUGAGAAUGAAGCUUCCUGGUUACCUCCAAUCAUAAAUGGGAUUUAUAUUGAUUGUGAAAUGGAAAAGUCAAUUUUGUACAAAAAGAAAUUUCGGCAAUUUAUAAGUUUGAAAUUAUUGUAUUUUAUACAUCUUUGCCAUAGUGCGGGCCAAUAUUCCCAUUUCAAUGUGUGAAAAUUUUACAAAUACUGAAUUUUUCUCAGGAAUUCUAGGCACCCAACCAAACAGAUUGUCAUUGAUGUGGGAAAUUUGGCUCAAUGUGUAAAUAAUGUGCACUUCCAGACUUUUAUUCAGUUCUGACUUCAAGAUACAUUAAUUAUAUUGUAGAAAAAUCUCUAAUUGUCCAGUCUCCACUACAGGCCUGAGUUUCUUUGGUUCACUAUAAUAUGAGCUAAUUCUGAGUAGGCAUACAUGAGUAGACACUAAAUAACUAUGAAAGUGUUAAAUAUAAAUAUUUUUGCCACAAGAAUUUGCUAUGAGACAUAGUUCCAUAUUGAUUCUGACAUCGUGGCCAUUUUACAGUAAUUGCAAUUUAUCAAUUGUGACACUUGUUACUA